GCCGGUGGGACUCUUCAUCGCGUCCCAGGAGCGAGCGCGGCGGCGGGAGGGGUGCGUGUGCUGAGGCGGAGCCCGCGGGACUCGCCCCUGUGAUGCGGGGCAAGGAGGGGUUGAGAGGGCCGCCUCCAGGACCCUGGCCCGAGCUCCCGGGAGAGUGGGGUGCAGACGGGCAGACGCUCCCAGUCCACACCGCUGCUUCGUCCCGCCGGAACCGCUCCCCCGUGGGGGAAAGUCUACAUGGACUAUAAUGCAACCACCCCCCUGGAGCCAGAGGUUAUCCAGGCCAUGACCGAGGCCAUGUGGGAAGCCUGGGGAAAUCCCAGCAGUCCGUACCCGGCAGGUAGGAAGGCCAAGGACAUCAUCAGCGCCGCCCGGGCGAACCUGGCGAAGAUGAUAGGCGGGGAGCCUCAGGACAUCGUCUUCACCUCCGGGGGCACAGAGUCAAAUAAUUUGGUAAUCCAUUCUGUGCUGAGGCAUUUCUACAAAACCCACACCUCAAGUGGGGACGCGGCUGAGCAUCACAGCCCCGGGGAGAGGGCCGUGCCCCACGUCGUCACCUGCAGCGUGGAACACGACUCCAUCCGACUUCCCCUGGAGCAUCUGGAGGAAGAACAAAUGGCUGCGGUCACCUUUGUCCCGGUGUCCAAGGUGAAUGGCCGGGCAGAGGUCGAUGACAUCCUGGCCGCUGUCCGCCCGACCACGUGCCUCAUGACCAUCAUGCUGGCCAAUAACGAGACCGGCGUCGUCAUGCCCAUCCCCGAGCUCGGCCAGCGGGUCCGAGCCCUGAACCAGCAGCGGGCAGCGGCCGGGCUGCCUCCCAUCCUGCUGCACACGGACGCCGCGCAGGCCCUGGGGAAGAGGCAUGUGGACGUGGCCGACCUGGCCGUGGACUUCCUGACCAUUGUGGGCCACAAGUUCUACGGCCCCAGGAUCGGAGCGCUCUACGUGCGCGGGCUGGGCGCGCUCACCCCGCUGCACCCCAUGCUGUUCGGCGGCGGACAGGAGCGGAAUUUCAGGCCGGGGACGGAGAACACGCCGAUGAUCGCCGGCCUUGGGAAGGCCGCUGAGCUGGUGACAGAGAACUGCGAGGCUUAUGAGGCCCACAUGCGGGACGUUCGGGACUACCUGGAGGAGAGGCUGCUGGCUGAAUUUGGUAAGAAAGUUCAUCUCAACAGCCAGUUUCCCGGGACUGAGCGACUGCCCAACACGUGCAACUUUUCCAUCCGGGGACCCCAGCUCCAAGGCCGCCUGGUGUUGGCGCAGUGCAGGACGCUGCUGGCCAGCGUGGGAGCCGCGUGCCACUCGGACCAUGGGGACCGGUGAGUACUCUCCAGGGCACGUCCGUGCUCCAGGCAGUGGGCCUGGCCUUCACGGAGCUGAGCAGCCUGGUGGGGACAUAGAAAGUGACCAGACAGCUCAGGGCCAGGGGCCAGUCACGUAGAAAGCCUCUGUGGGCCCUGGAGUUGGGGGUGGAAGCUGCGGCCUAACGCAGGGCUGCACUCAGCCAGGAUGGGACCAGCAGCGUCGGGCAGGGCUGGGGGCGGGCAGGGCUGGAGCAGCAGGGUCACUUUGUCCCCAGGAAGGCGGGGCUCCCGCGGGGAUGUGACACAGCAGGAUGCAGGGAGGGCCGUGGGGUAGCAGGCCCCGGGUGGCGGUGGUGGGCGCACACCAGGUGGAGGCACAGGCAUCGGGCACCUGGAGCAGAGACUGGCUCCAUGUACGGAAGGUGGCAGCAGAGCUGGGUGAGGCAGCCUGGCUUCCGGAGAGCAGAGACACACACGUGACCAGUGACAGGCUGUCCAGGGCCGGCUGGGACUCUGCUGAGCACGUGUGGCCUGGGUGGGGCAGUGCCCGGCAGCGGUAGCGCCGUGCAGGGGCGGGAGGGGCCCGGGGCCUGACAGCACAGCCGGAGUCCCCGUCAGGAGCCCCAAGGCCAGGCCAGUCGCAGUGCAGAGGGGGACGCAUGGGGGCUGUCCCUUCCCAGGGGAACUGAAUGGCCCAUUCGCCGAGAAGUGGGCAGAGCGGUCGACCUGGCAGGUGCCGUCUGCAGCCAACUGCC